CAAUCAGAACAGACCACGAAAAGAGACGAAGGAAGAUGGAUUGUGGUUCUGUCAAAUAAUUAGUUUGUAUUGAAAUUGAAUUUGCAGUAAAUGUGUGAUAAGAAGUAAUUAAGUAAAACAUAAUUUAAAACAUGGACAGCAUAGUGAAUAUUAACUGGAACAAAGUCACACCAUGCCUUAUCUUAUUAGUGCUAGAAUUAGUAUCAGAAUUUACAGACGGCGCGACUCCGGCGGAGGUGAACAAGCACUUGGAACUUGGCCGAGACUUCCUCGCGCGCGGACAGCUUUCUGACGCCCUGACACAAUAUCAUGCCGCAGUGGAGGGUGACCCAAACAACUACCUCACUUACUUUAAGCGUGGUACAGUCUACUAUGCACUUGGGAAAGCAAAAUUUGCCCUUCAAGACUUCACUAAGGUGCUGGAGCUGAAGGCGGACUUCACGGCCGCGCGCCUGCACCGCGCGCACGUCUACCUCAAGCUGGCGCAUUACACCGACGCCAAGGAGGACUUCCUACACGUUACGAACGCCGACCCGUACAACGAGGAAGCGACAGCGCAGUUCUACAAGAUAGACGAGUACAUCGACGACCUGCGGCUGGCGGAGGCGUACUACCGCGGCGGCGACCACCGCGCGGCCGCCGACCUCGCCUCCUCGCUGCUCGAGGUGUCGCCCUGGGCCGCGCCUCUGCGGCAGCUCAGGGCGGAGGCCUACAUCGCGCUGAACGAUAUGUUCUCUGCGGUGUCGGAGCUGCGCGCGCUGAGCCGGCUGCAGCCGGACAGCACGCGCGGCCGCGAGCGCCUCGCCGCGCUGCUCUACUCGCUCGGACACGUCUCCGACGCGCUUAAGGAAGUACGUGAAUGCCUGAAACUGGACCCGGAGCACAAAGAAUGCUUCCCGUUUUACAAGAAAGUGAAGAAAGUGGACAAACUGCUACUCGAGUGCGAAGAGAAGAGCGAGGCUCGCGACUUCACGGGCUGUAUGAGCAGCGCUAACAAGGUGCUGAAGAUUGAGGACGAGGUCACUUUGGUCGUAUACGAGGCCAAGAAAUGGCUCUGCAGCUGUUCAGCUAAGGAGGAGCUGUACUCGGAAGCGCUGCAGCACUGCGGCGCCGCGCUCGAGCUGCAGCGCAGCGCGCGCACGCUGUGCGACCGCGCUGAGGCACUGCUCGGCCUCGAGAUGUACGACGACGCCAUCCGCACGUACAAGGAGGCGCUGGAGCUAGAAGAGGGGCUGCAGCGAGCCAAGGACGGGCUGCAGCGCGCGCAGAAGCUGCAGAAGCAGUCUGAGCAGAGGGACUACUACAAGAUACUGGGCGUCAAGAGAACGGCAACGAAACAGGAAAUAAUCAAGGCGUACCGCAAAGCGGCGCAGAAGUGGCACCCGGACAGCUACCAGGGCGACGAGAAGAAAGUCGCCGAGAAGAAGUUUAUCGACAUCGCCGCUGCCAAAGAGGUCCUGACGGACCCGGAGAAGCGCGCGCAGUUCGACGCGGGCGCGGACCCGCUAGACCCCGAGGCGCAGCGCGCCGCUCCCUUCCACAGCCCCUUCCACCACUUCCAGCACGGCAGCCCCUUCCAGUUCAAGUUCCACUUCAACUAGACUCCUUCCACUAGGUCGUAUUCACCCUCUUCUAUCUUUCCCAUCGAUAUCCAUUGAGUUUACUUCACUGACGUGACAAAAUAUGUGUAUUUUUUAUCUCCCGGUUGCAUUCGAAGAUGUAACGCCGCGAAGCACGGGAUCAGUGCAAAAAGCGAACGUUAAUUUUUCGUAGAUUCGGCUGUAAAUUUACGACCGUCAUGAAAACUACUACACAAUCGACGGCUACAUCCGAUCUAUUGAUACUAUAAAAAGUGUACUUAUUGGAUUUGUGUUUUCGAUACACUGUAUAAUAUCAACUAAACAUACUGAAAAUAUUAUUUUUAAAUUUAUAUGAUUAAUAAUCGUUUGAAUCUUUCCCUUUUAAAAUGAACUGACGUUCAUAUACACGCGCCGCCAACACUCAUUGGUUCAUAUCAAAAGACCUGUCCACUACUAUACCACCAAAAAAAAUUAUAAAAUAAAUUGUAUAUAAUUUUAUACUUGCCUCUAGUUCACAAAUAAGCGUUGUUACAUACAACAAUCGUUAUUAUUUAUUUUCAGUUAAGUACAAAAUGUACACAGAUAUAUUUCAUCUUAUGUUUAUUUCAUUUUGUUCUUCAAGGUUCAGAAAGUGCUCAAAGUAUUAUAAAAAAACUUUGGGACCAAAUCUUCUUAUCUUGAGAAAACGAAAAUAAGUGACAAGUCAGUAUAAAAGAGCACAAAAUAUGUCACUCUUCUCAUACAAAUUUUAAAAAACUAAAGGCGUUCCGUAAGGCUAGCUUUACCCAGCUGUGGGUCAUAUCAUCAGAGGGUUAAAAAAAGGCGUUUCAAAGUAUUUUCCAUAUCAACUUAGUUAUCAGUUUUUUAGUUUUGUUUACGCAUUUUCUCGAAGUGUUUGUCUCAUUAUUAUUAACAACAUAAUUAUUUUUCUUCACUUAAUUGAACAGACUAGAAACAAAAAUAUUAAUCUGGAAUCAUGUCGAAGGCAAUAUUUCGGCAAAAUAGGUAGUUAAAUGUAUCAAUGAUCUCCAUAAGAUUUUUAUUUUUUCCCUCUUUUUAAUAACUAUUUCAUUUGCUUUGGAGUUUUGAUUUACUAAUGGAUUGAAAAUAUUUUUAUCUAGUACAAAUCGGUAUUUGUUUGAAAUUAAACAGUUUGCAGUUAUUCUGCAUUUGAAUAACUUUUUUAUUACAAUUAAAAGUAAAAAUUGGCACACCUUAGAAGGGCAUUACUUUUUACACCUGUACAGGCAGCAUGUCAAGCGUAACAUAGCUUUUAAAAGCUCUUCCAAAACGUUUGUCUGUUACGCGUGACUUGUAGCCCGCCGUACAAGGCGGAUAGUGAAUUUUGUGAUUUGUCGGUACGCGCGAUCCUCAGACUGAAACACUACAUCGCGCUACUGACGAACAAUACAAUGCGACACAAAUUAGUAUUGAAUAUGUUUUUUACUGGCAACAUUGGGUGCGUCCCAUUCAAUCUCGUAGCAUUAAAUCAUUUCAAUCGUUUUUUAGUUGGUAUAUCUAUAUUUCUAUAACUAUUAAUUUUGGUAAAUUUUCUACUGUUUGUGUCACAUUAUAUACUUUUGUAUCUAACUUAAGACUCACUAAUAGAAUAUGAUAACGCAAAGCACGUUUUAGGCAAUAUUUCGCUUAUAUGUGUUGGAAACAUCGCUACUGGGUAUUUAAAAAGUGGCAACACUUGAAAUUUUGCUAAGAACGCGCUUUGACAAUAUUUGGUUACGUUGCGAAAUAGCAGUCAUAAUAAAUAUUUAUUUUAAGUUAAUUUGUUGUGAUUCUUAUAAAUUGUAAAUAUUUUAGAAUAAUAAGAUAUUACGACAAUA